AGUCUCCCCCUUCCUUCGGCUGCUAGGGUUUUGAAUCGGACUCUUCGCUCGCCUCUUCUUGGGUUUCGCUUUCAACACCAGGAUCGCCGGCGAGCGCCACGCCCCGCGACACAGAUCGCCAGCGAUCCGCGGCCAACGAGCGAUUCAGUUUCUCAGGUAUCAUGUCGGCAUCGCGUGAGGAUAAUACAUCACCAGAUGCUCAGCUUUCAUCUCAUUUUUUUGGAGAUCUCCUCGAUUCUAUUAUUGUUGAUAUUGCCUCCGAGUGUCAUCGAAUAGCAAAGUUGGGGCUUGAUAGAAAUUUAGAAGAUGAAGAGGAAGAAUUGAGGCUUUCCACCCAAGCUCGUGUAAGGGCUGCCGAUCCUAGUAAUAGCGGUGAAACAAAUAGCAAGUAUGUGGUUGACAUUUUUGGUCAGACUCAUCCCCCUGUAGCCAGUGAAAUAUUUGACUGCAUGAAUUGUGGACGAUCAAUUAUGGCUGGAAGGUUCGCUCCUCAUUUGGAGAAGUGCAUGGGCAAGGGCAGAAAGGCUCGCUUAAAGGCUGCAAGAAAUAGCUCGGCAGCACAAAACCGGUAUUCACGAGGCAGCCCUGCUUCCACAUACUCCCCUUAUUCAAAUUCCACCAGCACAAAUCGGUUAUCAAAUGGGUCAACCGGUGUUGCAGGUGAGGAGUUAUCAAAUGGAACCUAUGAAGAGCCAUGAAGAAAGCACAGAAGAAACUAAAUGACAAUAGAGUAGGGGGAACUCGAGACUGUCUAUGUUACACCCACUUGAUGAAUGGUUUGUCCAUUGACAUCAUCACUGAUCUGUAUGUGCAGCUUACAAUCUUUGAAAAUAUAAGUGAUUGAUUGUGUAUACUUAUUAAAGCCCAUUUGAGAAACCUUGUGGUGGAUCAAGAGUAAGCAAGCUAUUAUUCCA